ACUAUUCGGAAAAAGUAAAAGAUAUGAAAGAAGUAAUGGCUCAAGUUAAAAGAAAAAAUGAAGAAAUUACAGCCGGAAUGGAUGAUAAAUUAGAUUUUUUUACUGGAACAUGCAUUGCGAUUGACGAUUACAAAGAUAGAUUAGAGAAAUUGGAAAAAAUGAACAAGGAAGCAAAUCAGUUGGCGGCCGAUUACAAAGCGGUUAAAUUGCGAGGAGAUGAGGAAGAAGCAAGCCGAUUACUAGAUGAAACUAAAGAUUUUUUUGCUAACAUUAGCAAGAAUGUUUUCCGGAACAAUACUGAUUUUUUAAACUUUAAAAAAGAGAAAGUGAAAGAUAAGGAGCAAGGUCAUUUUCUCGGCUUUGUUCCUAGCAAAUAUAUUGGAAAAUUAAAGUGGGGGGCAGAUAAUACUAACUUUUCUUAUGAUUUAUUGCUUAAAUUCCCUUUUGAAACUGAUGCUAAUAUAACGAAUGGUGGAAUAUCACAUCUUUGUUGUAAUAAUUCGCUAUGCUAUGCUUCUUCAUCGAAAAAUUGUAGUUCUUCUGAGAAAGGUUUUCUUUGUCUAAAAAUUAAUUCGACAAUAUACGGAUUAUCUUAUGGAGGGAAGUGCGGAGGAACUAUAGGUAAUGCUCUCAUUGCCACCAAUAGCACAAUAGGAGGGCGAUGCAUAACGAAAAAUGUUUCUCUUUCUUCUAUCGCCGAUUACAUAGCAACUGAACCUACUAACAAUUUUUUUGGUUUAGAUGUAGGAUAUGCUUAUUACGAUUGUAUAGGUACGGCGAGUAAUGUUCCAUGUAAUCCCGACUUUAAAUAUUGCAACUGA